UAUCCUCCGGGCAAGUUGGUUCGUGUCUGGUCUUCGGUCCGAUCCACCCAUCGGUUCUUCCAUCUAUUCGUCUAACGUCUAGGAAAGAAGAGAGUACGUCUCAGGUUCUCCUGCGGUGUAACACGACCGAGGUCCUUCUCGUUUGUUCGCGCGGUUAAGCUCGCAGCGGUAUCGAUCGUCCAUCAUGCCCGCCGAAGAUUUCCUUGGAAAAAAGUACAAGCUCUCCAACAGCGAGAAUUUUGAUGAUUUCAUGAAGGCUCUAGGUGUGAGUCUGGUAACGAGGAAAAUGGGUGCCAGCGUGAAUCCGGUCGUUGAACUUACGGAAAACGACGGCACGUAUAUUUUGAAAACUAACAGCCCUUUUAAAAGCUCCGAAAUUAAGUUCAAACUCGGCGAGGAAUUUGAAGAAGAGACGCCCGAUGGUAGGAAGGUGAAGAGCGUUUGCACUUUGGAAGGCAACAAGCUGUUGCACGUACAGAAGGGUGAAAAAGAAACAACGAUCGAGAGAGAAUUCACGCCGACGGAAAUGAAAGCGGUGAUGAAGGUCGACGAUAUAGUCUGUACAAGAGUGUACACCAUUCAGAACUAAUAUCCUCCUUUCAGGCGUCUAAAAAAACUUGGCUGUCCUAUUCAUACUCCAACGUACCAAGAAUUUUACUCGUAAAAAAAGCUUCGAAUAUACAGGAGACGUUAUCUCCUAUUUAUCAUUAAGUAAUGAAAAAUACAUUCCAAAAGUUCGCUUAGUAUUUUGUAUUAAAUACAAAUGUUAUACGUCUAUAACGUUGAUCUAUCAUUAAAAUUACGUAAGAAAGUGUUUAAAGCUUAUGCGAUAUCGUACGAUAUCGUUGAGAUAUAAUUCGUAUAAAAACGAAUAUUGAUAACAUAUGCUAUCUUUGAAUAUGUUUAAAGGUAUAUGAACUAGCGCAAUGCCAUUACCGAAUUCUUUAUUGUCUUUAGCACAAGUUUCUCGAAUAUUUGUUUCGUCACGUAUUAUAUGUUUAUAAGCAGUGGUCACAGUUUUUUUCUACCAAUAAAAAAUAUCACUUCAAAAACUA